GGGGGAGAGGAAAUGUGCAUUAGAAGCUGGCGUAGGACUGCGGGGAUGAAGUAACACGCUUGCGCUGACAGGAGGGGAGGGAGGGAGAGUGAAUCACAGGCUGGAGGAGGAGGAGGAUGGCAGCUCUGCCGCCACUGCUGGUCACCUUGGUUUGGGCUGGAGUCCUGCUCCUCCCAGCAGCGACCCAUGGCGCAGCCGUUGCCCAGGUAUUCCUACGGCCCAAAUUUCACCAGGUUCUCUCCAGACCAGCUCUGCCCAAUCUACUGGAUUGGGCUGAAGGAGGAGCCUUACUGGAGUUUGGAGCUGUCCGAGCCCCGAACCCUGCCUUUCUCCUGGAAUCUUGAGCCAAUGGCAAGGGCCCUGCAGUUGGACUGGCCACCAGGUUCCCCCAAGGCAGUUCUGUUGGCCCAGGCCCUAGAGCGCCUUCUAGAGGCAGAGGCUGGGUGGCAGGAGCGGAAACGGGAGACCGAGGUCAAAGCUGCUGCUCUGACCCAACUGCUGUGGCGCCUGUGGAGCAGCUCCCGUCCUGAGCCUGAGGUCAGCAUGGAGGAGGUCCAGGCCAAGGAAGGAGCACUACUCAGAUUCCUGAUGAGCCGACUGUUGGCCAAGAUGUCAGAGACCCGAAUCACUCCUACAUUGGUCUGGGGGGAACCAUGGCUCCCGCAACGUCGUCGCCUGCGCCGGGACCUGGGGCCAGGUCCUGCUUCCAUGUCACAAGGGACUGCACUACUCCACUUGAACCGUCUGGAGGCCUCGGGAGCCAAGGGAAGGGCUCAGGUCCAGCAGGGAGUACCACUUGCUACCACACACUACUGGCCAGAGUGACAGGGUUUCCAACUCCCUAAGCUUCCUUGAUUCCUGUCUUUCCCCUCCAUCGUGCAUGUUCAUCUCCACCUCAGCACCCAAGCUUAAUAAAAUGGUCUCCUUCCUGCCCCAGCAAGCAAA